AUGAAACUAGUGAGGAGAGCAAGGAAGAGUAUUCGUGAACGGCGAAUGAAGGCCUGCCUAAAGGACCUGAGCGCCAACCUUGAGAAGGUGGAGAUGCGGGUCUUCAGGCAGCAGAAAAAAGAACGGGAUCGUCGGCGUAAAGUGGCGGGCAUUAAUUGCGGCAUCCCGCCGGACGUGCGGAUGGGCAAGAUGAAUCCGGAGUUGUACCGCAUCGAAUGUCGGCUUCACCGCGAGGCGGGUCUGUUGCCGCCACCGCCACCGGAGGGAUGCGCACAGGAAUCGGGCAGCGGCGUCACACGGCGGAUUGGGUUUGUGGAUUUCAACACAAUUGCGCAGGCAGUACUGCGGCGCAGCCAAAGCCUUUUAUAG